AUGAACCUGACUCGUCUUCCAACCUCUGCAUCGAGACCCGUCUUCAAGAGUACCAUAAAAGCGGUAUCUUCUCACAGACCUACCACCGUCUCCAGAACCAUCAUGGGUGCUCUCAACGGUCAGAAGAACGUUGUCGUGUCGAAGCAGAACGGUGCCCGCAGUGGGCUCAUCCCUGUGGCUAAUCGUCUUGGGGAGGGUCGAGCCUUAGCUCAGGAUGUCUGGUCCGUCUUCAAGUGCGUUUUAACAUAG